AUGUCAGAGAAUAGCUUCAACUCAAAGAAUUUGGACGAUGACGAUGAGGACGAUGCGAUUGCUGCCUCUGAGGGCAAAAUUUCGAGCCAGGUGGCCAAGCGCAUCUGGCAGCCAACCAGCGAUGAUACUACCCCUGGGGUCUGGGAGCCGCCCGAGAAGCCCCUGCCCCACGUGGAGGAGGAUGCUCCGAUGACUGCCGAGGCCCUGGCGGAGGCUCUAGCGGUGAGCGAGACCGCCUCGGACUUUAUACGCGAAGUGGAGCGCUCUCUCUACGGCGAUAACAGCAAGGAUCCGGAGAACGGCACCGCCCAGUACUUCAAGGCGGCCGAGAAUUAUUCGCUGUUUGGCGCCAACUACAUGGGCUUGGAGGAGGACAAGAACAAAAAACCGCCGCCGGGCUUCGACCAAAGCUCCAGUCAGAUUGCGGCUGGAUCGGCCGGAGUACCCGGCCAAAGCUACUCGGGGGGACCCUCUUCAUCCGGAAUGGGCGGCAUGGCAAUGUCCCAGCAGCCGCAGCACAAGGCCGCGAAUCAGCCAGGACCUGCAGCGAUGCCUCCACAGCAGCAGCAGCAUCCGCGUCAUCCUUCGCCAGCGACAGUGGCCAGGGUCAUAGCCGAGGCAGCAGCUCUGGCUGGAGCUGGGGCUGGCAUAGACAUUUGCCUGCACGCCCAUGGCCAUCUGCCCAAGAUGUCCAAAAUUGGCUAA